GGAGAGGAUAUCUACGAGAUCAUGACGCCCAGCCACACCCCUAAGCCGGCCUUACCACCUCCCCCCAACUUCAAACCUGCUGUUAAACCUUUUGGACCUCGUCCCUCGCCACCCCCGGGGAAUUCUGAGCCACCAAAAAUCACACCACGGAAACCUUCAGAUCAGACGCUUGAAGAUACCCAGGACAGUGAGUACGUUGUACCAGAUAGCCCUCUUAAAAAAGCUAUUCCGUCACCCAAACAGUUUUUACAGACAUCGAUCAAACCAGUUAUACCUGCCGGCGCUAUUGGAAGCAGAAGUCAGUCUGAGUUGAUUGAAAUACAACAAGAGGUCAAAAAUGGUAAUUUUAGCAUUGAAGAGGCAGAAAUGCUGUUCAGAUCUUGGAAAGAAAGAUACGAAACUGGCAAUGCUGUCAGCUUCAAGGAAAGACAGCAAACACUGCAAGCUUUGAGAGAAAAACAUGUUAAAGCUAUGGAUGCUCUUAAAAAUGUUAAAAGUAAAAAUAAAACAAAACUCAAAAAAUGCAUAGAGCACCCAGAGGAAGAUGACAUACUGUCACCUGAAAUAUCAGAACCAUUUUCAUUGCGAAGUACAACUAUCAAAGAGGUACAUCGAGGCAGUAAUGCAAGUAGUACAAGUAGCUUGAUGAGGAUUAGUAAAGACAGUGGAAGAGAGAGUGCAGACAUCAGAGGAUCUAUAACAUCAACAUCGUCAGAUGAGUCUGAGUUGUAUGAUGAUGGGUCAAGAUUACAACAAACCAUUGAGCAACGAACUCACACAUUUCCUCGGCCAAGCCAGGAAAAAAGACAGUCAAUGAAAGAGUUGUAUAUAGAACUUCAAGACUACACUGAUGCUGCUCAGCUCCCUCCACCACCAUUACCUCCAAGAGUUGUACAAAAAACACAACCACCACCUCCUGUUCUUCCUAAACCACCAAUUGCAAAGAAAGCAUCGCAAAAGAAAUAAUAUGAAUCAAAUAUGCAAAAAGACAUACAUUGUCAAACUUUUUUCAUAUUUUUAUAAUUCCGUUAUUUAAAGCUGUAUCUGUGAUGAUGUUUACAUGCUGUUAAAGCUACUCAUGCUAGACAUCAUAUAUUCAUUCAUAGUAGAAGUUCCAAGCAGAUUUAUAGUGUAGCUAUUUGUUCUACUUACCGGAAUUCUGAAACAUUUUUGUUGUACAUAAGUCAUUUUGCCAACUUACAAACAUAUUUAUGAAGCAUUCAUUUUUAUUUUUAGUAUUGCAAAACAAAGUAAUUUAUUUUUUAUUGGUGAAACACUAUUUUUGCUUUAUGACAAAGUGGAAAAACACUAAAAAAUAUUAUUUUAAAACUUUGUAGCAAAUGAGUGCCAUGUUUAAUUUUUUUUCUUCUUUGUUUUAAUCUAUUUUUUUAACAAUAAGUUAUCACUAGAUUAACUAUGAUAUAAAUGUUGGCAAGAUUAUUGCACAUAAUAUUUAUGUCAGCACUUGUGCAAUAAAAUGUUAUAUGUGUACUAAGAAUUAUAAAAAUAUUUUUAUAAUUGAUUUGUUUAAUAAUUAGUGUUCUUUUAAAAAAGUUUGGUUGUGCUCAUGUAAUAUAAAUGAAAGAAAUACACUAUUUACUGUUUCUCUUAAUGUUUUUCUAGCAAAGCUAAGUAGGUUAUAAAGAAUUUGAAAGUGAUGAAAUAUUUAAUAAACUUGACUUUAAAAA